AAGUUCCUAGAAGUUACUAGUUUGAAGUGCAAUGCAUUGUCAAAGUGAAAAAGUGAUCUGGGUUUUUUUUAAUUAGAAAUUAUCUUAUACUUCUGAUUAUAGUAGUUAUACAUUUUUGUGUUAUACGUUUAGACUAUAUAGGGUGAAAACGAGUAGGUAAUUAAAUUCUGAAAUCAACCCUCAACACGUUUUCAGAAAGUUUAAAGAGCCUUGACAUGUUCAAUUAGCAUAAAAGAUCGUGGAAAAUUAGAAAAUCAAAGCAACUAUGAACAAAAAGAAGCACCAAAGUGAUCCAAACGCCGAUAUUUCGUCAGAAUCCGCUGAUGAGAACCAAAAUAAUGUAGAAUGUUCUCACAUCAAUAAAUCUGUUGAUCUACAGAAGGUGAGAAAAGCUCUAAAUGGAACUGGCUUUCUCACAGAUUGUGAGUUUUGUAAAAAGACUCCUGAAACUAACGAUAUGGGUGAUCUUGAAUUUGACAACUCUCUAUGGCUUUGCUUAAAAUGUGGAAAUCAGGCCUGUGGUAGAGGAAGAAAUCAGCAUGCUUUGCAGCAUUUUGAAACUCCACGUUCAGAUUCUCAUUCUAUGUGUGUAAAUACCACUAUCUGGAGUGUUUGGUGCUAUGGUUGUGAUGAAGAAGUUAAUUUAACAUGCAAAAGAAAACUACUAGAUGCUGUGGAAAACCUUCGGAAACAGGCUGAAUCUAAUAAGAUAAAGCAACAACUACAUAUACCUCAAUUAUCUGAUAAAGCAUUGGACAUUAGUCCAUCACUGCCAUCUACAGCGAGUACAGGAGCAACUCCAAAGCUGAAUAAUUCGGCUACAGCUCAACUGCCAAGGGCAAGAGGUCUCUCAAAUUUAGGAAAUACUUGUUUUUUUAACUCAGUUCUGCAAUGUCUUGGACAAACUCCUUAUUUACUGAAAUUGUUAGAAGAAACAUCGGCAGAUAACCAAUAUUUCAAACUUCCUGGUGGUAAAAUUACAUUAGAAAAUAAAGAGGUGAUUGAACUGGAACCACUAGAAGGUGAUCUUGAGAAGUGGAAACCAUUACCUUCAACUUUAGCUGACACUUUAAGAGAAUUACAGAGUGGUAGACAAGAAGUGUAUGUUCCGAGAAUGCUUUUGUUGAGGUUUACUAACAAAGUACCACAAUUUGGAUUUGGAGAUCAACAUGAUGCCCACGAGUUAUUAAGACAUUUAUUGGAAGCUGCCCGAGAAGAAGACUUGCGACGAUAUAAGACUGUUAUUCUUGAGAAAUUAGGUUUUAAUGUUAAAACUAAUCCAGCAUCGGUGGAAGGUGAUAAAAAGAAAAUUGUGAAAUUUUAUGGUCAGCAAGCUUCUGAAAUGCUGUUACCGACAGAACAGGUAUUUAGAGGCGUACUUGUAAGUACUCUUCAAUGCCAGGAUUGUGGACACACUUCACACCGUGACGAGUUCUUCUUAGAUUUAAGUUUACCUAUUAGUGAGAAAAAACUUCCGCCUUUAUUGAGAAGAAAAGCCGAAGACAUAGAGGAUAACAACAAACCCUCCAAACACCAAAUUAAAAAAGAAAAACGAGCAGAGAGAAAGAAAAAUAAAAAACAGAAGAGUAGCAAGAAUGUAUUGUCCAAUACCAUUAUAUUCAACGACGAUGGUACUUUUGUGAAUAAAAGCGAUAGCGAAUCUGAUGCAGAUGUGGAGGACAACGUUGAGGAGGCUUCAACUUCCAAAGCAGCUCCACAUGAAUACAUUCCCAAAGGGACUGAAUCAGGUUAUAAUUCAGAUAAAAUCGACAAUAGCAGUCCAGAUUCAAACAACCGUGGAGUUUCACCGGAGAUGCGAGUAGAUGACAGCGGAGUACCGAGUCCGACGGUUGGAAUGCUGAGUGUAACACCGGGAAGUCCCGAAAAUAGUCCUGUUUCUAGCGAGACCCCAUUGGAUACCUGCAGUAGUUCGAGUCCUAUUUGUGGACGCAAUAGUCCCAAUGAUGAGAUUGUGGAGGAGUUCGAGCGACCAGAGUCAAGACUAGCAUUUGUAAGUAAUAAGAACGCGGAUCUAAAAGUUGACCUAGAAAAACUUAGUUUAGUAAAUGCUGAUAAUCAGAAAAAGCUUUUUGAUCAAGAUGAAGAUAGUAAUAUGGAGGGUGCUUGCGGUCCCGUCCCGGAGGACGAAAAGAUGGAGGAAGACCAAUGGGGAGCAGAAGAUGAAAGCUUGUGGUCCGGUACGAUAUCUUCGCGGUAUCAAUGCGAAGAAGGCGAAUGUUCUGUGCAAUCUUGUUUGAAUCAAUUUACCGAAUGUGAAUUGAUGGCUGGAACGAAUAAAGUAGGCUGUGAAUUGUGUACCAAACGAUUGGGGGGACCGGAAAAGAAGACCGUGUAUACAGACGCUUCAAAACAGUUGCUCAUAUACAAUCCACCUGCCGUGCUUAUUCUGCAUUUGAAACGGUUUCAGGUGUACCGCUUCCGUUCAGCCAAAGUUAGCAAAAACGUGAAGUUUACAACACUUCUCGACAUAGCUCCAUUUUGCUCAAAACGUUCUCAAAACCUGCCAACGUUCGAAGACGGUCAAACCAAGGUUCUGUAUUCACUGUAUGGUGUAGUAGAACACAGUGGUGGCAUUCACGGUGGUCACUAUGUCGCAUACAUUAAAGUACGUGCGCCUUUAGACGAACAUAGCUACAGAUGGAACUACCUUCCCAAAAACCAAAAGCAAAAAACCGAUAACAGUUCCAAAGGAGCCACGGGAGAACCAGAGGUACCACCUGGAAGAUGGUUCUAUAUUAGUGAUUCUUAUGUAUCUGAAGUAUCAGAAUCCAAGGUUUUAGCAGCGCAAGCUUAUUUACUAUUCUAUGAAAGAAUAUUGUAGGGUUUUUCAAUUAUAUAUAUAUACAUGGACUUGUAGAAUAUACUGUUAAAUAAGUUCGUUUGAGGUGUCUUAAGGAUUGUGGGAAUCAUUUCAUUUUAAAAAUGUUACAACAUAGUAAAAUAUAAUUUAUAUGUACAUUUUCCGUAUGUGUUAAACCUUUUGUGUUUCUUAAAGAUAUGGCAAAUUGAUUCUUACUGCAAAAAUGUCUUCAUUGUUAGGAAAGUGUUUGAUUUUGAGAAAAACAGCAGAGUUUUAAAUAUCUUACACAUACAAGAAUCUUUAUAAUUAUUAUUUAUUUGUGAUAUCGUCGAAUUAUUAUUUACAAGAACCCUCAUUACCAUAUUAAAUACAAGAAAUAUGAUACGGCAGAAAGGCCGCAAUGGCCUGUAUGACAUUCUCCGGAGUUCAAACUAAUUCUAACAACGCAGAGUUGGCCAGCUGUGACCGAAGAAUGCUCCGUCCUCCCUCGGAACCAAGUCAAGUCGAUAUAAAUGGGGUUGAAGUGUUGACCGAAAGUAUUCCUGACAAUAAUGUAUUAAUUUCGCAAGCAUAGCUAUUUAUAUAUCGUUGACUGCUACUCUGAAGAGGAUGUUCGAUGAGCAGUUAAACCAUUUUCUCGUCAUUAUCAAUCAGCCAAUCGCGUCCACUGCUGGACAUACGCCUUCCUCAGUUAUUUCCAGUGUUCUCUACACUAGGUUGCUUGUAACCAGUUUCCCGCUACUUUUUUAUGUCGUCGGUCCAUCUAAUCGGUGGUAGUCCUCGGCUUCUUUUAUAGUUUCUGGGCCUCCAUUCCAUGAUUCGUCUUGUCCACCGUCCAUCUUGUGUUCUGGUUAAGUGCCCUGUCCAGUUUCACUUCUCUGUCUCUGUAGAGUAGGGAGUGUGAGUCAAGUCCCACAGCACUUAGGCCACAAUUGACCCAUUGUACAUCCUCCCAGGGGGUUGUCGUCCUUAGUUCAUCAUCCAUCCUGCCAUUUCCAGGAAGGUGGACAAAUCACCUGGUGACAUCUCCCCUAUAUCGGCAGGUGUAUGCCAAGGCUCGCCGAGCGCAUACUCUCGUAUUGACGAUAACUCCGGACAUUCACAUAGGACAUGCUCGACAGUUUAGUCAUCUCGUUCACACCUCCUACAUAGAGAUGUGUCUACUAGCCCAGUGCGUGUUUUCUUAGUUGACAGUGGCCAGUUAAAAAACCAACUGUCAAGCGUAGGUUUUUCCUGGUCAUUCUCAAGUACUUUUCUGAUGCUGACUUCCCAAGGUUCCUUAUUGUUACCUUGGCGAGUCUACAUUCUGGCCCGUCUUCCCAUCUUUUCACGGUUUGCGUAUGGGAGUGACAUUUGACAAUUUCCGCGAUUGUUGCAGUUGACCAGCCAAAAAGAUCACCAGGUCCUAAGAGUCUUAGGCCUACUGCCUUCCUAGCUAGCUGGUCAGCAAUGCGGUUGCCUUUAUUUCCGUUGUGUCCUUUAACCCACCUCAGGAUGAUGUUGUUACCAUCCGAAGCUUGGGCUAGUGAUUCAUGACACUCCAUUACUAGCCUUGAUAUGACACGUGGUCUGUUCAGGGUUAGUAGCGCUUGUCUGCUGGUCCAGUUUCACUUAAGCGUAGUAGUUCUUUCGAUGACGUCUUGAACUCCUGAUUUUUGCAUGAUUUGUUGGUUUUUUAUGUGGUCUCGAAGGCUCACGUUUAGCAUUACACGUUCCAUGGCUCGUUGUUUAACUCAGAGUUUAUUCGCCAUUAAAUAUAAUUAAUUAUAUAUUAUAAACCAGUCUUUAAAAUAUCGGAAACACGACACCGGUCUUCUUCAUAUGCUGCGUCUUCCUAGUAUUUUUCCUUGAAUGAUUACUUUUGUAGUAAGUUGUAUCUUGCACCUCUCAUCACAUAACCCAGAUGGAAUUUUCUAAUUUUUACUUUUUGAAACAAUUCUAGGUCUUUAAGACCUUUCGCAAGACUUCGUUGGUAAUUUUGUCAACAUAGGUAUUCCAAGUAUAUCUCUGUACAAUCAUAUCUCAAAGACAUAUACAGGGUGUCCAGAAACCCUCCCGACAAACGAAAACUGGAGAUUCUUGAGAUAAUUUUAAGACAAUUUAACCCAAUUCAACUAGUCCGAAAAUGCUUCCUAAGGGAGAUAGAGCUCUUUGAAGAUGCGUCUUGAAAUUAGUUUUUCUUAAAUAUCUCCAGAACGCUUCUAUUUAGAAAAACGAAAACUGGUACACUUAUUUAUCUUCCUACUUAUUUAUAAUAUAUUUUUCAACAGCAACUUCUAAGUCAUAAAACAUCCAACUUUUAAUCUCUUUGCUUCCUACAUAUCUCUUUUCUUCUUUCGUAGCCUCUUCUGGUCCACUUCUGGAUAUAGGCAUCCCUUUGUGUUUUCCAUGUUAGCCUGUCUUGAACUAUCUGCUGGCAGUUUCUCCCUGCCUUUUCUUAAGCGCGAUUGAGGAAUUUUACCAUCAAUUAAAACAACAUGACGCAAACGAAUCAAAGGAACAGGUGGAAAAAGAUAUAAGAAAUAUGGGAAAGAAUGUACAAAAAAUAGUGACAAAUUGGAAACUACAUAUUAUGUACAAUUUUAAAAGGAAAUAUAGUUGUAAUUGACUUAUUUAUAACGUAUUUAAAAACAUUUUUGCAGAUAUGAAUGGUGAAUGGUAAAAAGAGAUAUUUUUUAAUUUAAUUAUUCAGUUUCAAAUUUAAAAAUGAUUAUAUCUAAGAGGAAGAAAGGCAUUCUGAAUAUAAAAUAUGCUCGUAUUUCCUUUCUUUUUUUUUUUUUCUUUUGGUAAAAUAUAAUAGUUUGAAUAAUUUACAUUCAGAGCACGAGAAACAACAAAAAAUUAGCUAGACUUCGCGUUAAAUUGCGAUUCCAAUUAAAUAACACAAUAUUUUAUAAACUGAUACAUACAUAAAGUAAGAUAUACACGGCAAGGUCGGUUGGAAAGGGAUCACUUGUUGAUUUGGCCUGGUGUUCCUCUUAGGGCCGAUUUCUCAUAUCGAGUUCAACUCCAGUUUAACCUGAACUUCUAGUGAACGUCAGUUUAAAGUCAAAAUCGUCUUUCUCAAUUCACAUUCAACCGAUGACAGUUUAACUACGUUCAGCUUGAACCUUUCUUAAACGGUGAAAUUCGGCCGUUCAAAACAAUUAGAACCCAGUUCAGAUGAUUUCACGGAUUACGCAUGCGUGGUAUUAUUGCAACGUAUCAUGAGACGCAUAUUAAGCAUAACGAUAAACGAUAACAUUAUUUUUAUGUUUAUUAGAUUUAUUAAUAAUUAUUAAAAUGACUGACUAUUAAUACUUAAAUUUAACGUUAUUCAGAAACAGCAUAAAAAAAGUCAUAUAAAAUGGUGAUGGUUUUACCGUUCUCCAUCUAUUGGCAUUUCUCGAAAGCUGUAGAACUUGAACCGACAAUGAGAAUUACAUUUCCAAAUAAACCGACGUUCACGGUUUAACCGUAGUUAACUGAACUAUACGAGUAGAUUAACGCAGGUAUGAGAAAUCGACCCUUAAACUCACUUUAUUAAUGGAUUCGUUAUCCUUGAAAUUAGUAGAAACCAGUCAAUUAAUUUUCAAAAAAAAUCUAAUUGCCUGAUUUUCGCAUAAUGUCUUUAAAUGUAUUCAUUUUUUUCGAAUCCUGAGAAAACUAAUAAAUAUUUUUGAAAAAUUUAAACGGAGAAUGGAAGAUUACAUUAUCUCUGAGGGCCGACAGUCCCUGAAAACUUUCAUAGAAAGUUACAGGGGUGAAAAUAAAAGAGAACGUUUACUGUGUUUUUUAAAUGCAAAUAUUUCAUUCAAAAGAAACUUUUUUUUAUUUUUUAUUCUAAGGGACUCUCGGUCCUUGGUAAUAACAGAAUCUUUCAUUCUGCGUUUAAAUUUUUCAAAAAUACUUACUAGUUUUCUUAGGAUUCGAAAAAAAGCAAUACAUUUAAAACACAUUGAAAAUUUUGACAGGCGACAUUUUGCGCCUUUCCUCUUAAGAGCUAAUUUCAUUGUCAUAUAUGGCUUUUUCAUUAGUUAUAUUUUUAACUUCAUGAACUACCUUCAAGCCAAGUACCACUAUAAGUUUUUGUUUUUAUUUUUUUUUAUCUGUUUCCUUACUCCCUCAUUUGACAGUUGGGUAAAACACAUGAUUUAUUGGCAGAAUACAAUCCAAAAUAAUUGUUUGCUUAUUACAAUUUAAUUUAAAAUCUGCUUCAUUUGAAACUAUUUGAAUUAAACGGCUUUUUAAUGUUUACACAUGAGAGAGGAGCUGUCGUCUGACACACCUCCUUGUAUACACUUUACAUUAGUUUACAUAGUUAAUUUAUUAAGUCUGUUGGCCAUAGUUUAUUCAGUCGUCUCGCGAAUCCAAGUGAAGCGUUUACGAGUAUUACUUCUUCAUUUAUACUAAAUUUACAAUCAAGAUGCAGUAGAAAUGAACAAACCAAACACGUUAUACUAGGAGCACACCCGAAUCAUAAUUACAUUGUAUUACAUGUAUAUACAUUGCAAAUCCCAAAUCGUGAUUUCCAAAGUUUAUACAUUAUAAAUUAUGAUUCGGUAGUGCUCCUAGUAGCAUUUAACGUGUCUUGGUUUGUUUAUUUCUACUGCAUCUUGAUUGUAAAUUUAGUAUAGGUGAUCUCUGAAUCUGUCAAGGUAAUUUCUUAAUAUUCUUCUUCCUCUACCAAAGGUGUAGCUGAGUCGCCGUGUAGGGUUUUGAUUGCUUACAAACCAGAGAGCACUGAACGUCAUUCUUAAUAUUUUUUGAUUGAACUGUCUGUAUUAUCUUAAUGUUGGAUGGUUUUGAGCAACCUCAAAACUGCAUAUCAUAGGUCCAAAUUGUUUUUUUUUUAACAUUUGUAGGAGCAAUUCAUUUUCUAUGAUUACUUUACUUAUUUGUCUUGCUUUAGUGUUAAUCUGCGUUUUCUUGGCUUGGUUUCUGAGUGCUGACGGGUAUCUGCGUGCAAUUAAUUGUUGUUUUUUGGACACUUAUCUUUUCAAUUUGCAAAAGUGACUAGUUGAUCUGUUUUCAUUUACUUUUACUUUCCAUAUCUUGAGUCAUAUAAUUCUACUUGGUUAAGGUGGUUUCGUAGAUGUGUGGAUUUCGUGAUCGUGUCCUCGUUGAGAGCGAUUAUGGUAGUGUCAUCGGCAAUUGUUUAUAUUUCUGUUGUAUUUGUGGUUGAGAUGUUUGCAGUUACAUAAUAUCAGGUAAAGGAGAGGAUCUAGCACACUGCCCUGAGUAGACUAUCGUAUAUUGUAGUUAACAUCGCCCAUGCCUUUCGUGGUAGAAUUUUGAAUAUUAAUCCUGUUAUGAGGUCGAAUGAUUGUUGGAUUAUUCUAUUUCUUGUUUCACUUCUCAUGGAUCGAGAGGUUUUACCUAUUAGUAGCUUCAUAGGACAAGCAUUAUCCAGGAAGGCUCUUAAUAAAUUUUCGUUACUACUUAUUAUAUGUUUUGUUAUUUCGUUAUGGAUGGUGUUCUUUAAAAAUUGUCAGAUAAGUAUUCUACAAACGUUGAUACUUUUUCCUGGUCUGUCGUUCCCCAUGUACCGUCGUGUUUCUUAAUUUGUUGAUUAUAUAGGUCUUUUUAGAUUCUUUGUUACCUUCCAGAUUGUGUGGUCAUCUGUUGAUAAAGUGCUAAUAUAGUGUUCAAAUGUAGAAUUGCGUGCGUCUUGGUGUAAACUUUUCAACUAUGGUGUAUUCCACGAAUAUACGUCUGUUUUGGAUUAUCGCGACAACGAAUACUUUAGUGUGCAACAUAAGAAGUACGAAAGUAUUUUACUCUAAUAAUUACUCCAAUAAAUAACAAUAUAAUUUGCAAUUUACUUUCGUUCUUCAUAUUUUGCACAGUAAAAUAUUCGUUGUCGCGAUAAUCCAAAACAGACGUAUAUUCGUGGAAUUGGGUAUAUAAUGGUAAUUAAAGUAUGAAACUGUCCAGCUUCAUAGACUUUCUUCUUUUGGCAUCAUAACCCUGGCUAUGUCCUUCCCUUCAGAUCUUUCUUGUGCCCUUCUUCUCCUUCCUUCAUAGCAACUACAGUUCAAUUUUCCCCGCAAAUAAUUUAAUCCAGAUAAACAUUUCGCAUGAAUGCAUUCAAGAAUGAUUCAAAAUGUGUUGAGUAUCCAGUUACAAUAUUUCUUUCCUCUAUCAAUUUUCGGUUCUUCUAAUAAUUUAUCAAAAUUCUCAAGAGUAAAAAAUGUCUUUGAUUAUAUUGCAAACCCAAGUUUUUGAGCUCUGAAUAAUUGUUCCUCAACGAAAGAUACGAGUGUGCUUACUUAAUUAUGUGCAGUAAUAAAAAAUGGUAGAAUUUUUUUUAUUUUUCCUAUUACCGCAUAAUUUCUUUAGGUCCAUCUGCACUGUUUGUCAAAAAUAGCUUAAAACUUGGCUAUUUUGCAAUCUGCGUAGAAAACUAAAUGGGAACAUAUUCGGAAGAAAAAAGAUCAUAAUGUGCUCUCUCUCCUCGUCUUCUUGGUACACUCUGUGCAACAAGUUUACAGAAUGUGAGUUCUUCCAACACAAGCAAAAGAAAAAAACAAUAUUGUUUGCCGCAAACUAUACAAGCACCUCGUUUUCAGCGAUCAUGAAUUAAUACUGAUGAAAUUUGUUGCUGUCCACUGCGCUAGGAGGCGGAGCCUAAUAUCAAAAAGACCAAGUCUCAAGCUACUUUUAAAAAGUUGUACUUUCACAGAAAAGCUGUAUAUUCACAGUUUUCUUUAUAAAAAAACUUUUGAUAUGGUAAGCAGUAGUAUGAAAAGCGUUUGCUGUAGGUCAAAAAUAGUUACUGCUUUGAAUUUUUGUUUUUUUCUUUCUGUCUUAUACAGUUUUAGGUCAAGUUUGAAUUUACAGAAAAUAUACUUAUGAUAUAUGUGUACCCAAAAAUAUCACUUAUAUCCUUUUUGCUCUAAUGGCUUCAAUUAUUGUGAUAUUUUUUCCAGAUUAUCAAACUAUCUUCUUAGCUUUAUACAGUUAUUAAAAAAGUUUGAAACUAGAAUAUUUGUAUAAAAUAUCUAUUUUUACUAACAAUUAGCUUUCUUAUUUUUAAGUUUCCACAAAUAAACUUAUAAAUAGACCUGCAUUCCCGUGAUGUUUGCAGUAAACUUAUCUACUUCCAAACGAUUGACUAAACCGGUGCAAAAUUAGUUGUAUUACUUUUUAAAUGAUUCGCUUGUGCAGAUCUAGAUCAGAGAUGCAGAUCUGCAAGCAAACUGUAAUAUAUUUAAGUCAUUAGGACAUGAUAGUGGAUUUCCACAAAUGUCAUAGGACAAUAUCAGUAAAUUCGUACCACAGUUUGUCCUUUUCUGUGGGCCAUUUCCAUUUAUUGAUGUCACUUGUAGUCAACUCAAUUUAAAGAAGUUGUCAUGCUAUUUUUUGUCUUCAUACUUAACAAUCGAUUGCAUAUAUCUUCAAUUUGUAUACAUGUAUUCUUAUUCCAUCUUGUUCCAUCUUCGAUUGUAUUUGCCAUGUUUUUCAUUUUUUUACUAUUCUUCGAUAGUAUUUUUUAUGUGAUUUUGCUCUUAUUCUUCCCUUUUCUUUUAUGCUCUUCCUUUUUUCUUUCUGUUAUUGUAUAUAUUAUUUUAUUUCAAGUAUUUCUUUCUUCUUCUUCUUUUGGCAUCAUAACCCUGGAUGGUUCUUUGUUUGGCUAUGUCCUUCCAUUGGCUUUUCUGAUGUCUGACUCAAGAACUUGGUUGAAUAGCAUGGUUGAUAGAGCGUCUGCCUGUCUCACUCCCUUGUUGAUAUCAAACAGGGAGUCAGUUCUGCAUCUAUUCUGACUGCGGCUUUUGAACCCUGCAACGUCAUUUUUAUGAGGCUGAUAUAUUUCUUAGGUAUAUCUAGGUUACGAAGGUCUUACAGCAUUUUGUCUCUUUUCACACUAUCAAAAGCUUGUUUAAAAUCUAUAUACACAUUAUAUAGUUCUGUGUCGUAUUCAUAAGCUUUUUCUUGUAUCGUUCUUAGUAUGAAUAUAUUAUCUCUAGUGGCUCUAUUAGGUCUGAAUCCAUUUUGAUAAUCACCAAUUAUAUUUCAUAUGGCAAGUAUUUUCAAAACUUAAAAGAUCAAAAAUUAGGAAUCUUCUCUUUUUUCGGGUUUGUUAAAAUGUUAAAUUUAAAUUCGUUAACAGUCAAGUUUUUUAAUACUUGCUUAAGUAAUGAAAAGCCUAUAAAGUAUUUUUUGUGUUCCCGGAAACUCUAUGUGGACUUUGUUUCUGAAUCUCUGAUCUAGAUUAAAUUAGUUCGUUAAGACCAUGUAUGCCUCAUCGCACUUCAACUUCGUGAGAUUUUGAGCGCUUAAAUAGUUAAUAGUUACGUAAACAAUUUGACUAAUGUGUUAAUUUGAUUAUUGACAUAAUAUUAAUAUUAAGACAUUUCAACCCGGAACAGUCUGAAUCUCUUUUGCAAUUUUAAGAGAUAUUUGAAUGUGUCUUCUUACGAAACAAAUCGAAUGCCCUAUAUAAUUAUUUAACUGUUGUUGCCAACUUGUAUUAAUAGUCUGAUAUUUAUUAUUAAACUGCAAUUUGUGCUCUUACAAUCUGUAAACUUCUUUUUCACGUUAUAGAUCUAUUCAUCUUUUCAUUUAUUAAUUAACGACGUUCUACACCUUCGGCAAAUAAUUAAGGAUUUGCAUGAAAUUUUAGUAUGUUAUAGUUUACUUAAAAAAACUAAGACUUGAUUUUUUAAAAAUUGUUUUACCGUGCCGUUUAAUUACUAUUAAGGGUCAAAGUUAAGUUUUAACAUGGGCUCUUAUGGGAAUUCUUAAAAAGUUAAUAACUUUUGACCCAAAUUUACGAUUUUUAAUUAUUUGUGCUUAAAUUAAAGGUUUUUUGUAAGGAAUAACAUAUUAAAAAAUGAGGAUUGUUUACCGUACCAUUAUUAAAUAAAAGUGAAAAUACUGCAUUGUUAACAACUUUCGCUUGCAUAUAAGUUUCCCCCCCCCCCUUUCCUCUGAGAGGCAUACCCCGCAACGAAGGUGUAGAACGCCGUUAAGGUUACUUUCCAAGACGUGUUAUAUAGCAUCAUUUCUUAGAAAUAACUACCAGCUAUAUUUGCAUCUUUUUGCAUUACUAUUACUUGCUUGUAACAUUAUUUUCUUUAUCUUCAUAAUUGAUGAUAUGAUUCAUCGUCUUUUGUCCAUUCUCAAUUCACUGAUUUGUUUUUGCAGUGGUAGAUAUUUUCCAUACCCACACUAACAACUCUUGGCAAUCUUUUGAUUUUGCUAUUGUUCGCCAGAAUCCUCCUCCUCUAUCUUUUCUCCUUCGUAAGGAUGUGGCGUCAUCUAAUUUGUUUGACUAUUUCUGUCCAAUUAUCUAUCUCUAGUGCGUGUUGUUUUGCUUCGGACAAUGAGUAACCGGUCAUGUCCUUUAUUGGUCCGACCCUCAUACUGGAAAUCUUCCUCUGGAUCUUUUGCCCUCUGUGUUACCUUCACCUUUAACUAUCAUUCGUUCCAUGCCUUCUCUUUAAGUUAUAUGUCCAAAAUAUUUCAGUAUAUUUUGGUUGAUAGUUGUGGUGAGUCUAGUUUUUAUGUUAAGUCCUGCUAGUAUUGAAUUAUUAAUGCGAUGUUCUGUCCAUGGUAUACUCAACAUUCUACGGUAGACCCACAUUUCAAAUGCCAUUCUUCUUCUUUCAGUACCCUGUCCGAUUAUCGAACGUUGGCAAUAAUAACUCAAAUGCCAUUAUACGCUUCAAAUCUGCUUUUUUGUCUCCUAAACGUAGGCGGCGAUUCUUCUUCUUGAUGUGCCUAUCCGUGACGAAUGUUGGCGAUCAUCAUGGCAAUCUUCACCUUAUCUGCAGCAACGCGGAAAAGCUGCACAGAUGUUGUGUUGAACCAGGUUCUGAGGUUCUUUAACCAGGAUGUUCUUCUUCUUCCAGGACCUCGCUUUCCAAAUAUUUUUCCUUGCAGAAUGGCUUGUAGGAGGGCAUAUCUGGAUUCAUUUCGCAUAAUGUGUCCAAAGUAUUCCAACUUUCGAGAUUUGAUGGUGGUCAGUACCUCUCGGUUCUUCCCCAUUCUUCUAAGGACCUCCUCAUUUGUGACCCGAUCAGUCCAUGGGAUUUUAAGAAUUCUCCGAUAUAGCCACAUCUCAAAUGCUUCCAAUUUUCGGCACAUAUCUUCGUUCAUGGUGCAGGAUUCAACACCAUAAAAAAGGACAGAGAAGACGAAACAUCUCGGCAUUCUUACUUUUAUACCAAGAGAAAGGUUGUGGCUCUUGAAAAACGCGCCCAUACGGUUGAAGAUUGAUCUAGCUUUUCCGAUGCGCGCUCUUAUUUCUUGGUUAUCGGUCCAUUCUUCAUUUAUUAUGGUGCCGAGGUAGUUGUAGUGCCUCACUCUUUCUACAGGGGUUUGGUUGAUACAGAGUUGACCUUCUGUUAUCUUUUUCUUGCUGACGAUUAUAAGCUUUGUUUUCUUUACGUUUAUAUUGAGUCCAUAUUGUUGACUGUAAUACGUGAUUUUGUCCAUGAGGACUUGUAGGUCUUCUAGGUUGUCCGCAAAUACUAUGGUGUCAUCUGCAUACCUGAUAUUAUUUAGCCGGUACCCGUUUAGUAGAAUACCUUUUCAGUUUCGUGCAAAGCUUCGAUAAAUGUUCUUUCAGAGUAAAGAUUGAAAAUUAGGGGAACAAAAUGCAGCAUUGCCUCACUCCAUGCAUGAUUUUGACAUAUUCGGUGAGUUCACCGUCAACUCUCGAGGUUUGCAGUCUGAUUCCAGUAAGGUUUGUAAUUAUUUUCAGAUCUUGGUUGUUAAUUCCUGCUUCUUUUAGUAUUUGCAUCAUCUUGGCGUGUUGUACUCGAUCAAACGCCUUCUCGUAAUCAACCAGACAUGCGUAUACGUCGCAAUUUACGUCUCUGCAUCUCUGGAAUAAGACAUGUAUUGAAAACAAAGCCUCUCUCGUACCAACAGCAUUUAUGAACCCGAACUGGUUGGGCGAAAUUCGACUUUCACAUAGCUUGUAAAUUCUCGUAUGGAUUACCUUUUGGAACAAUUUUAGGAGAUGACUCAUCAGGUUUAUCGUACGGUAUUCUUCGCACUUUUUGGCUCCUGGUUUUUUUGGAAGUGCAAUAAGCUCAGACUUCAGCCAUUCUGUUGGUAUUUGUCCAGAGUUGUAUAUGUUGUUGAAUAUCUUUGUGAUUAUUGCUAUUGUCCACUGUUAGUAAUUACGGAGCCUAAGUAAUUAAAUUGUCUGGCUACUUCGUAACCUGCCAAGUUUCUUAUCUCUGUUUGGUUGUUUCUGAUUCUGUCAGUACUCUAAUUAGAUUUUCUGAUCAGUUUUUCUUCUUUUCUUUCUAUUAUUUAUUGUGUGGACAGUCUUCUGGCAAGUUGGUUGGUAUGGUCUUUAAUCCGGUUAUUGUGUUUUUUGACGGAAUUACAUCUUUGACAGAUUGAAUUUUAAGAUCUUUAUGUAUUGUUUGAUUUGAGACGUACCAUGGUGCAUUGAUCAUAGAGCAUAGUGUUUCAGACUGGUAUGCUCUUAGUAUUUUUAUAUAAUAUGUGUACUUGACUUGGCAAAAAUUCUGACUGGAAUGAUUCACCGUUUUAUAUCCUUAAUGACGCACCAUCUACAUCCGCCGAAAACAGAUCCAGCGGCUCUAUAAUGAAAUAUUCGAAGGUAAUGUCAGCAUCAUUUGCACCAAUAUUAAAAGUUUGGAUAUGUUACAUAAAUGUAAUCAUUAAUGUUUACUUAAAAAACGGGAUGUAUGGGAUAUAUAAAAAUAUCUUUUUUGUAUAUAGUAUAUUUUUACGAUAAUUUAUCCCAAAUGCAUUAGAUAAUUUCGUACUAGUAAACACCUCUUUCCUUAAGAAAACGGUUAAAAACAAGGAACCCUGUGAUUGCAGUUAAUUAUGAAUAAUACUCCUCGCCGUUUUUUCAUUAGUGCAAUGAGUGUAUAUUAUUAAUUUUCGCACUGAGGUUUUUAAAUUAUUGAAUUUUAGCAAGCACUAGGGAAAUUUAUAAAUUUAAAUUUAUUUGCAUUAUUAAAUUAUUUCAAUUAUUUUCAGCUUUUUUGUCAAAUUUUUUGCAGACAUAACUUUAUUGUGUAUUUAUUAAAAUAAUUUUAUAUAUUAA